CUCGUAAGAGGCGCUGUUCCCGUAAAAGUGGAAGACGCGCGUUCUCAGCUUUCCACUAUGGACGACGUCUGUUUUGACAUGAACGCUUCUUGAAGCUGGCGCGUCUGGAGAGCUGUUAACGUCAAUGUACCAGGUUAAGAGAAUGCUACAGCAGCAGCAGUUUUCGAGGCUUCGCGAGCCUGUGUCAUCUCCUCUUCUCUCCGAUCAGCCCCCUCGAGUCAUUUCCGUCUCUUCACUUGCCGCUUUGUCAGGAUCCUCUCACCUCUCAGGGUGUCUUCCUGCUUCGACUGCUUCUUUGCCGGCUUCUUCUGCCGCAUCUUCGCCCGCAGUCGCCUCGUCCUUCCGUCCGGCUGCUUUCGCGUCCUCUGCGUCGCCGUCGAAGUCUCGUCCUCCUCGUCACUCCACUUGCCUGCUCGUUGAUCCGCAAGCUCCCGCGGCCGGCGGCCUGGCUUCCGGCCAGUCGCUUCCGCCUGGCGCCCAACUAGCUGGAGUCUCAGCCGCGGUCGGCAGUGCCCCGCCGGAGACAAGCCGCCCUGGGGCCUCCGGGACUCGAAAGAGAGGCCGCGACGAAGCAAGCUCUUCCCGUGGAGAGGGCAAGGCAAAGAGCAGGCGCCGUGUGAAACGCAACCGAGAAGAGCUGGCGGGGAGUGCCUACGGCGAGUCAGAAUCGGCCGCGGCGUCUCCGACCUCGCAGCCGCCGCCAGGGAUACGAGGGCGAGCGAAGAAGGAGACAGAGGGUCAUGUGGGGUGGAAGGCCGAGGCUCCGACGCGGCAGCCGCGAGCUCGCGGGCCGCAGAGUCACCAGGGCAGAAAUGGGCAAAAAGAGAGACGAGAGGAGGAGACUGGGGGAUCUUCUCAGCGGCGACAACGGAUACUCAGUGGGGAGGCCCGUCGCAAGGCGGGUGGGUCGGUCCAGCAGGCAAAGUCUUCAGCCUCCCAAGACAAAGGGAGGACAGGAGCGACAAGUUGGAAGCAAGAUACGGAGGUCGAUCCGAACAGAUUCUCCUUCUGUGACGCACAUCGAUGUUCUUCGUCGGACUCUACUCUUUCAUCGUCUGUGUCUGCCUUCUCUUCCUCUCCCCCGUCGUUUUCCUCUGGCACGGUUCCCCCUGAGACAGGAGGUGCCUGGAAGGCCCGGGGUCCGUCCAGGGACAUCGAAGUCCUUCCUUCAGGACUCCGCUGCAAUCUCAAGUCGCAACUCGCUUCUCUCUUCUCGUCUUCUGCUUCCUCUUCCCUCUUGGCUUCUUUGUCGUCUUCUUCCUCGUCGUCUCGGACGCCUUGCUCCUCUCCUCAUAUGUCCAGUUCGUUCAUGCCUUGCUUGGCGCCGUCUGCUUCGGCCGGUCCUCCGUCUUCGUGGGCGGCCUCGGAGAGUGCGUCUCUCUCGAGAUAUCGAGCCUUGCCUGCGUCUCUCUUGGGAGGUCUCUUAGGACCUGCGGGCCUCGCUCGGGCGCGCGCAGAGGAGGCGCGCGACCGGAGGCUGCAGGCGGCGAGAGCGAAGGCGCAGAAGACAUCACGCGGAGAUACACACGACGACGCGAGGAAGCCGGUGAUGGCGCCUCUGACUGUGGAGGCCUUCGCCCGCCUCUACCGGGACUGCUUGAGCGGCCGCCUGCCCGCGGCUCCUCCUGUGGGGGUCUCGCCUCGGCUGCGCUCGCGGCCGCUCAACGCCGCGGGGAGUGCGUCGCCUGGCCGUCUCGCUGCAGCGGGUGAAGACGCCGAAGGUGGAGAAGCAAAACUGGAAACUAGAGACGUCCUGCAGGAGCUGCUGCAGCAGGCUCGCUCGAAGGCGGAGCAGCGAAAGCGAGCGCGCAUGGAAGCUCUGGAGCGACAGCGAGAGGAGGCCUUGCGACUGGAAAGAGCCCGGAAGCAUGAAGAAGAGGCGCGCGACCUAGACGCAGCGACCGCCCAAGCGCCACAGCCCUCUCACCCGUCUGCGGUCUCGUCGAGGCCUCGCGAAAAUCUCGGAGCUGCGCAGGAACCGCGAGAGAAGCGCCUCCUUGUGGGGCUGCAUGCAGGCGAGGCUGGGGCCGCCCCAGAGUCUCGGCUCGCAGAAGAAGUGGAUUUGUUUGCCGAGAAAGACGACUCGGGCGCCAGCAGGUGGGCGAGAGAAGGCCAGCUGCAUGCAGGGUCCUUCGCGUCUUCCUCCUCGCCUUCCGUCGCGUUUCCUGAUUCGGCGUCGAGCGCUGUCGGCUCUGCGAGCUUCAAACACAACUCCAGAGUAGGCCCGGAGGACUACGACGCCUGGGCCUCAGGCAGUGUGAGGGUCAACACAGUGAGCAGAAACUGGGAAGCGGAACGCGGCUUCGAGUGGGAUGAGGCAGUUCGCGCGUGUAAUGAAAAAGUCUUCGGAAACCGAGCCUUCAGACCCAUGCAGAGAGCGAUCAUCAAUGCCGUGCUAAGCCAACGCGACGUAUUUGUCAUGAUGCCCACGGGGGGCGGAAAGUCGCUCUGCUUUCAGCUGCCUGCGAUCGUCUCCGGAGGCGUCACCGUCGUCGUCAUGCCGCUCGUCUCUCUCAUCACAGACCAGCUGGAACAGAUGCAGCUGCUGAAUGUCGGGUGUCGGGCCUUCGCUGCCAAUCAACCGUGGGAAGAGCAGAAGGCAGUCUACGACGAACUGCGCCGAGGCACCGGAGAGAUCCAUCUCCUUUUGGUCACUCCUGAGAAGCUGAAAGGCAGUUCCUUGCUGCGCUCGUGUCUCCAUGAGUUGAAUCGCGAAGGCUGCCUUGAUCGCUUUGCAAUCGAUGAGGCCCACUGCGUGAGCCAGUGGGGCAACGACUUCCGUCCAGACUAUCGCCAGCUUCAGAGUCUCCGAGAAGAGUAUCCAAACGUUCCGUUGGUGGCUUUGACAGCAACGGCUACGAAGGCUGUGCUGCAAGAUGUCGUCACGCAGCUGAGAAUGAGGGAACCUGUCGUCUUUCAAGGAUCCUUCGACAGACCUAACCUGAGGUACGAGGUCCGCCCCAAGGUGCCGAGACGCAUCGUCGAAGAUAUUGCCGCAACUAUCAAAACCGAAUUCCAUGGUCUCUCAGGAAUCGUCUACUGUUUGAGCCGCCGCGAGUGCGAGCGCGUCGCCGAAGGCCUUCAGCGGCAUGCAGGAAUUUCUGCCGGCUUCUACCACGCCCAACUCGAUGCUGAGAAACGCGAAGAAAUCCAGAGAGACUGGAUGAACGACGACAUAAAGGUGAUCGUCGCGACCCUGGCCUUCGGCAUGGGCAUCAACAAGCGAGACGUGAGAUUCGUCAUUCACUGCGCCAUGCCUAAAUGCCUCGAAAACUUCUAUCAGGAGUCCGGCCGUGCAGGGCGAAACGGGGAAGAAGCUUCCUGCAUUCUGUUUUACAACUACCACGACAAACAGCGUCAGUCUCACCUGAUUCAACUGAACAGCAACGAGGCAGGCGCUUCGGGUGCGAGACGCCAAGCCGACGGCCAGGCCUCGCGCAACGAGGAAAAUCUCCUGCGCAUGCUGGCCUACUGCGAAGAAGAGGAAGAGUGCAGAAGGCGGUUUAUUCUCAGGCAUUUCGGCGAAGAUUUUCGCGGUGCAUGCACAGUCGCAUGCGACAACUGUCGCCGACGAGCGACACGAGCCGGGCCGCCCAGAGUCCUCAGAUGCGCCGAGGAAGUCUCUCAGAUUCUCGAAUUCGUUCGGCGAUGCAAGGCUGAUUAUCCUUCCUUCCCCCUCACCCUUUCUUCGCUCCGCGACCUUCUCCUCGGGAAGCGAAAUACGCGCCGAGGGGCGGACGUCGAGCGGCUGCCUCACUUCGGCUUUUUAGCGAAGAAAAAGUGGAGCGCCGAGACAACAUUUUGCCUCUUGAAACGCCUCAUCAUUCACCAGGUCCUGCACGAGCGCUGUGUGACAACGGGGUCAGGAGGCUCUUCAGGUUUCUCAGGCUUCACCGCAUACAUCGACUUGGGUCGACAGGCAGGCCAAGCUUCGAGUUGCGUCUCUGCCUUGACUCUUCCUCUGGCAGGUCCAGAAAAUGCAAGAGAGGAAAAGCGAAUGCCUUCCCCUCGCUUUGUCACCAACGGGAGCAAGCGCAGUCUCGGCGAUGGGGAUGGUUUGCAGCUAGCGAAGAAGCGGAGACAAGCUCCGCAAGGAGACAGGAGACUCUUUGGCGACUCCUCAGCGUCACCUGCGCUUUUGGCUUCCCGCUCGCCUCCUUCCUCGAUGCGCACGGCGGGAGGCGGAGAAGUCGAGGAGACAUCUGAUUUGCAUGCGUUGAGUGGGGGAAGCCACAAGUCUUCAGGCGUCGAAUCGCGAUCCGCUUUCAGCGCUGCAAGUAGAGAGCCUCAAAGGCAUGAGAGGGGAAGACCUGUUGCUUCAUCUCUUGCUUCGGAGUCGUGUGAGUUUGAGGGAGAAACGGAAGCUGGGCGCUGGGGCGGCGGACGGCGAGAAGACGCCCACGGAGAAAGUCGAAGGCAGGGCGAGAGAGACGAGCGAGAAAAGAAAGAAGAGAAGAACAGAAAGAGAGAAGGAGAGGUUGCACAGCACCGCAUGUGUCUGUCGGAGGCUCAUAGACAUGAGUUGAAGGGGAAGCUCCAGGUACUUCGGAAAGAAUCUGCCAAGGUGUAUGGCAUCAAGAACUCUUCGUCGAUUGUCAGUCUGCAAGGGCUCGAGCAAAUGGUCGCACAUCUCCCGACUUCGCGCGAAGCUCUCGAAGCUCUCGAGUUGCCAGACUUCAAAAGCCAAUACAAGCUGAACAAAUAUAGCUCUGUCUUCACAGAUGCGAUUCGCCAGUAUGUCGCGGAGCACCAUCUCGGGAGCUGCGUUUCUUCAGGCAAGGUCGCGGCUUCAGGGCUCGGACCGGGGUCUGCAACUGGCGGCAGCUAUUUCGUAAAUCGCAUGAAGCAGCUGACGGAAGCUUCCCGCGAAAGCUACAUUCAGGUCGGGGGAGGCUGUGCCUCUUCUGGGGAAGGGAGCGUUUGGCUAGAUUCAGAGUGGAUACGCCCGAGGAGUCUAGCGCAGAGGCUUGGCGACAGAGCCUUGAGCAUGCACGCAAAAGAUUCGUCCGCUCCUCCGAUGCGUGGUGGAGAAGACGCGUCGGGCGUUUGGAGCUCGAAGAGCCCUCCUCGGACUAUCCACGUUUCUUUGCCUUCUGCUGCUAGUGCUAGCGAAGGCAGAGACAGACACCCGGCGAGAAGCGGCCAACUGGAGACGGGCGUCACGGGAUGCCAUCUCGGCGAGAACGGUCGAGGUGCCGCUUCCCGUUAUUUCGCAGAGUCAAACCGAGACCACAAGCUUAGAGGAGUCACUUCGAUCUUCAAUAAUCCUCUCCCGCAUAACCCCGCAUGGACGUACGCGACGAACACAGAGACACCGGAGAGUGUCUACGUUUCGCGAUCAGCGAGCCAUGUCAGUGUCGAAGAAAUCGACGAAUUCGCGUAUGUCCAGGGACAGAGAACCUGAGGUUCUUACAAAGGGCCUUGUGAUCCGUGCUCUACGGUAUAGAAUGUUUUUGGGUCAGGCAACUGUGAAGACUUCCGAUCAACUCGCGUAGUACCCUUGUGAAUGCUAGGAUACAACCUAUUAACAAAGGGUGAAGAGAGUCCCCGUCGAGGCUCUCGACGGCGCUGCAUGUGAAGACGGAUAGGGUCUCUGUGCUGCUGUGAAACAUGGCUAGUGAAGAAAGUGAAAGGAAGAUGGUCUCGCUUGGUAUUGGGUCGGACAGGAAUGGUGACAUGCAAAACUGCCCGAUCGUCCAGGAUCGCGUUUCGACAAUGAGGCAAACGCUGUAUCGGUAGUUCGCGUAUCCACGCGUUCGCCCCGAGGCAACGCGCUCUACCGGAAGAGCGUCCAUCGCCGUGUACGUAAUCGGAAAAAAACAGGAGGCUGUGUCCCAUCGUUUGGGUGCCAGCAGGAUACAUCCUUUCGAUUCAAUGGAUACUUUCAUGAGAAGAAAAGGGAGGACGAUUUUUUUCAAUUGCAUUUGACAGGCGUAGUUUCUAACUGGAAACGGACAUCAUUCUAGAUCACGCUAUGGCGCAAACGUUUUUACCGUAGACAACUUGCACAUAGUCAAAGAAAGGGUUUUACCGAGUUCUUCCGAAUCGGUCGAAUUCUGAACCAAGGUCGGGGAUCAUGCAUUGUUUCUCGUCUUUUCUUCUAUCGCUUUUACUCAUCUGCGCAUGCCUUCGCAACGCAGCAAAUCCGAUGAAAUAACCCCGAGACAGAGAGAGCUGCAGAAGUGCCCUUGCGUUAUGUGUUUCUUCAAUUUAUCAAGAUCAGGCUUAGAGGAAGCGAACUCCGUCUACAGUGGAGGUAUAGAUUUCUCAAUCCUUUGGUUUCUCUCAAAAUUUAAAAGUGAAUUUAUUGGCUCAGCACUGGCACUGUCGCAGGUGGAAUGGGUCUCUUUCAUGCAGAGAACGCUUCGGCGACAGGGGCGAACUGGCACUUCGUUGGCGCUGAGAAUGUCGCUUUCACCUCCCUGCGGGUUCAGUCGUUCAGUUGUCGUGUGUAGUGUUGGCUACAUUGUCACGUGUACUGCGUUUGUAUCGAGCUCCUGCAGACUCUGCUUUUGUCACCUUUGCUCGUGGUUGCUCAGUAAACUUGCAGCCACAGUUUUCCGCUUGGUAAGAAUAUAAUGAACAUUCAAAAGUGGGUCUGUGUCACAUUUGUCAAGGAUGAAAGUAACAUCUAUGUAUGAACGUUCUCUGUCCAUGCAAAUUAAAGGAGCUUCGCGG